GAGAAACAUCAGAGACACCGAAAAGAGCAGACUUAUGUCACUCGUCAUCUUCCACAAUCCUGAAAGAAAAAUCUGAAAAACCUACUAUAUGUAACCGAAUCUGCACUCUGUGGCUAAGAAUGUGAUAAUUUCCUCUGAAACUGUAGGGAAAUCGUAAGGAAAAAAAAAUCACGAAUAUUCGAAAACCGUGAAAGGUCCAAUCCGACACAAAAAGAAUAUACUUAUACAUAUAAAUUAAUUUACUAGAUACGAAAAUAAAUUUAAACGUUUUAACUAAUUAAAAAAAAGACGCGACAUUUUUUUUUCAAACUAGUAGUGACAUCUGAAAGUGAAAAACAAACCAAACGGAUAAAACAAACAUGCAUUUUACACUGAAAUGGCGAAGAUGGAGAAACACCGAUAAUGCAAAUACUAUUGUCGGUAUUAUCAGAUACAUCCCGUACGUAGCGUGUGUGAUCAGCUUGAAAAUCUACGUCAUGAUGCUCCUCGUGCACAAGAGGGACUACGCUCCGGACUAUGCUGACUAUGAUGACUAUGCUGCGAGGUUGGGGAGCGAGAGGCAGCCCGCGAGUCGGAUUGACCCCACCACCACCACCACCACCGAACCGGAGGACCCUUUCUGGGACGAGAAGCAGAGGGUCCUCUCACGCCUGAACGACACGGCCCUUCAGCCCAGCGCCUUCAACAGGACACCGGACACCAUCUGGCUCUUCUACAAUAGGAUUCCUCGCACGGCCGGACAGACGAUGGUGUCCCUCCUGAAGUCCUUGGCGGGAGACCUCGAUUACCAGCAUCAGGAACAUGUCUACAGGACGCCAUGGCAACGUCUGAUGAGCGAAGAGGAACAGAAGAAUUUGGCCACGUGGUUCGAGUACAACUUUUGGCCCAAAAGCUAUGACCGGUUUUCUCUCUUCAUCAACUUUACGGAGCAUCGUAGCCCAUACGUGAAACUCCGCCCGGCCUACAUGACUCUGGCGCGCGACCCUGUGGACAAGUUCAUCUCGUAUUUUCGCUUCAAACGCGUCGACAGCGACCGAGUCAAGAGCGAAAUGUCGGCGAGGGAGCGACAGCAGCCGGGAACAGGACGCAAGUGGUACUGGAAGAAACUCGAGGACUGCGUACUGAAGGAGGACCCCGAGUGUGCAUUUCGAGAAGGAUCUGAGGACUUCAUCUCGGCCAUUCCUUUCCUGUGCGGACAGCACGACUAUUGCCUAAAACACGGUAAUUCAUGGGCUUUACAAAAGGCGAAAUUCAACGCAGAAUAUGAAUAUUCCGUGAUCGGCCUCGUGGAGCACUGGAACACAACACUGGCAGUCCUUGAGCAUUUCCUACCCAGCUUCUUCCAGGGUGUUCAGCAGCGAUAUUGGGAAGCAGGAUUCAAGGACCAACGUACAGUCAACAAGAAUCCAAAGAAGUACAAGCCAGUCUCCGAAACAGUACUCAAGAUCCUCAAAGACAAGAUGGCCCUCGAAUAUGAGCUGUACGAGUUCCUCAAGCAAAGGCUUCACCAGCAGUUCGACAGUAUUGCCGAUCUCCUAAAACUGCCGACAACAAAGAUUCAUUCCAGGUCAACGGAAAAGGCAGCCUUGAGCUCAUGGGAUAGAAUGGAUAUAGAGCUCAGGCAUUAAAUUUUUUAAAUCUAGGGUACUGUCUACAUUCACUAGAUUUGGAAAUAAUACAUCCAUGGGUUUUGCCUCUCAUUCCAUCGUCUUUCAGGCUUUCAUGUUUUCAUACAAUAUAUACUUCCUGUUUCUGAAAAAUAUAUUUCUAUCAACUGCUCUCAAUAACCAUCUAAAGUAAUAAUUAAUUACUUAAAUACUGAACGAAAUAUGGGAAUCAAGCAUUUCUAGAUAGAGGUUGGGUUCUUCAGGUAUGUAUUAAAUUUCUCAGUUAACAAAUACAGCCAUCUUUUCAGUAUGCAAUAAAUUAUAAAAAUGGAAUUUCCUUAAAGCAAUUUUUGCACUCUUAUAACAGGACAAGAUAUCAGAUAGCCUCAUCACACAAUACCUCUUGCAAAAAGCUAAAACGGUUUAGAAACCAUUGAGAAUACUGACAGAAGAAAGCAGAAUAAGAGCACUUAACUUCAAGAAAACAAAAAUUAUAGUAUUCUUUAAGAUCAUAUUAGAGAAGAACUACAACUAUUUUGAAUGCCUCUUAACCUAAAACUGCAGAUGCAACAAUAAAACAAAAACACACAUUACCAUAGCAAAAAAGACAUUUAAAGAAAUGUCAAGUAUCCUCACAAAUAAAAAACUUUCAAAGGAAACCAACAAAAGACAUUAAAUACAUAAAGUCUACCCUGACAUACAGAUACAAACCGUGAACAUCAAGCAAAUAAGGUACAAAUUGCUUGGCAGUAAUGGAGUUAUAGAUUCAUCACAAAAUGAACAAAAUGCCAUAGAUGAAUCCAUUGCACUUGGAGAAAGGAUGAGCCUUAUAAGAACAAUCCACCAAAGACCUUUCCAUUGAAAAACUAGGAGGAAGAGUGGGGAGUCAAAGAGGAAAAAGAAGAUAGAAACCGGAAUUCCUACCGAAUCUGGUAUUCAGGAAAGGCUUGCGAGGGCUGGGACUGUCGCCAAUGUCAGACUGAUACAGCACUUCAAGAAGAUACAUGUACUUGGAAUAUAACAUUGCCUUCCAAAUGCCCUUACGUAAGUGAUGGUUGUUGCUCUCAGUUGCACUUGUUGGUAUACAGAAAGCCGAAAAUAAAUAGCUGAUUAUUUUUCCUAAGAUUCCAAUAUCUGUAUCAUCAAGAAGUCUUAGAAGUAAUUUAUAAGUAUUUUUGUUGAAGUACAGAGAAAUUCUAUAAUUAAAGUUUCUUUGAGUCAUUACUUGCUAAUCUUAUAAAAAGAAAAAAAUACCAGUGUAUUAUAUCUGUGUAUGUAUAAUGUCACAUGCAUUUUGUUUUGUAAAUAUAUUCAUAUGCUUUCAUUAAAAUAAACUAUCUGUCUUACAAAC